AUGCUCAAGCAUGGUGCGGUUAACGAGGAGGCGCUAAUAGUUGAAUUACAACGCGAAGUUCGUGCUCAGUAUGAUCGCGGUAAAUACGCGGAUGCGCUCCGCAUCGCCGAGGAAGUCUACAGUUUGGAUGCGGUGCGCGCGUUGAGAUAUAUAUGUUGUACAGCGACUACACAGGCCCGAACCGAUAACUUGCUUCUCCUGGGCGCCAUUAACUUCCAGCUCCGUAACUUUUCGGAAUCAGUAUUCUACAACCAACAGGCGCGAGACUAUCACGAUGCAAUUCGCAUUGAGCCGCAGAUGGCCGAGGCUUACUCGAAUUUGGCAAACGCUCUUAAGGAGCUUGGCGAUUAUCCCGGUACGCUUAGGUUCUAUCUCAAAGCAAUAAAGUACAAGCCUCGAUUUGGCGAUGCAUACAAUAAUCUAGCAACCGCACAUAUGCAUCUUGGGCAGGUCAGCGAUGCGAUCGAGACGUACCAGAUGGGGCUUGUCAUUGACCCGGGGUUGGUUGAUGCGCACUGCAAUCUCGGGAAUUUGCUGAAGGCGCAAGGUAAGCUUGAAGCGGCGCGGAGAUGUUACCUAGAGGCGAUCCGUCUCAAUCCCGCCUUCGCGAUUGCGUGGUCGAACCUUGCUGGACUGUUCAAGGAUGAAGGUCAGCUUUCAACCGCCAUUGCGUACUACCGUGAGGCCAUACGACUCUGUCCACCAUUUGCUGAUGUGUACAGCAACCUUGGGUCUGCGAUGCAAGAACAGGGCAACUUGAUCGAAGCAAAACAAUGUUACCAGACCGCUAUUAGACUCAGACCUGACUUCGCGAUUGCACAUGGCAAUCUUGGUAGCUGCCUUCUCACAUCUCACGAUGCCGAGGGUGCAGUGCGAGCCCUGCGACACGCAAUUCAGCUAGAACCAAAUUUUCCAGAUGCGUACAAUAAUCUUGGGAACGCACUCCGCAGCUUGGCGCAUAUGCGUGAAGCAAUUGCAUGCUAUCGCACCGCUCUCCGUUUGAAGCCAGAUCACCCACAUGCAUACAGUAAUCUUGGUACAGCAAUGCGCGAUCGCGGCCUCAUACGCGAGGCAAUUCAUUGUAACGUCACGGCAGCGAGGCUCAUGCCACAUUUUGCGCCGGCUCAUGCCAACUUAGGUUCACUUCUGCGUGAACAGGGUCAACUUGAUCAAGCUCUUGCACACUACCACCAGGCUAUUGCUUUGGAUCCUGAUUUUGCAGAAGCUUACACGAAUCUCGGUAACACAUAUCGUGAGCUUUGCCAGUUUGAGGAUGCAAUAAAAUGCUACACAACUGCCCUGAAGAUAGCGCCGGGCCUCGCUGAAGCACAUGCUGCUCUGGCUGCAGUGCAUGGUGAUGGGGGUAAUUAUGAAGAUGCGAUCAUAUGCUUCGAGAGGGCCCUCGCUCUCAAGCCACACUUCCCUGAUGCUUUUGCGGGGCUACUCCUAGCCAAAGACGCAGUCUGUGACUGGACGUCACGCGAUGCCCAUUUCCAAUAUCUUGCUGCGGUCCUAGAAGCACAUAUCGAAGACGCAGGUACACCGCUUAUAUUCCAUGGACAAUUGCCAUGUGUUCAGCCUCUUGAAGCUCUUCGUCUGACGACUAUUCUUGCGCCUCGGGAUGCCCAGCGCAUCGCAAGGCGCUUCGCGGCAAGAGCCAGGGCCAACCUUGCACUCUCAACAUCUGGAGUAUUUCACCAUCACCAUCAUGUUUUAUCUUCAGCUACCAGUGGGCGCGAUAAAACUCGAAUCCAUGUCGGAUAUCUCAGUGCAAAUUUUGGGAACCAUCCAGUGAGUCACCUUCUCGCACCUGUCCUUGUGUACCACGAUAGAUCACGCUUCCUUGUUACCUGCUAUUCUCUCGCUCCUUCAGAUGGAACCAGUUGGCGUACAAGACUAGAGCAUGGUAUUGAGGGCUCUGUCAAAGAUAUCGGGAUUCUUUCUUCUAGCGAUGCUGCUCGACUUAUACACGCCGAUGGUGUCCAUAUCCUUAUUCCACUUGAUGGUCAUACGGCGAACGCACAAAACGAAAUUAUUGCGCUGCGCCCUGCACCUGUCCAGGUUGGUUUCGUUCUUGGUUUCCCAGGAACCUUUGGCGCAGACUAUGUUGACUACCUCGUCGUUGAUGAAAUUGUGAUUGGUCCUACCAAGCCUAUAGAUACGCUAGGAACACCGCAUGAUAUAGAUGAGCAUGUGCUUAUUCUUCCGAACUCAUGUAUACUGAAUGGACAUGCAGUAGAACAUCGCUCCGUCCUAGAUUGCUCUGCUGGCAGGCUUGCUCGUGAGACUUAUGGACUCCCCCAAGAUGCGUUUGUUUUCGCAUACUUUGGCGAUUCGGACAGAAUAGACCCGAUAAUAUUCAGCGUGUGGAUGAGUAUUCUCAAGCGUGUUCCGAACUCGCUCCUAUGGCUACAUAUGAAUUCGGAAACUGUCAUUGAUCGACUCAAAAAAGAGGCCCGCGGACACCAGGUCAUUGAGCAACGACUUAUCUUUUCCAAUAGUGUCCCAAGACGUGAACAUGUCUUUCACGCCAUGCUGGCCGAUAUUGUAUUGGAUACGCCAGCAUGCAAUGCCCUGGAUGCUACGCUAGACGCUCUCUGGGCUGGCACGCCAGUAAUUGCUCUACUUGGAAACACAAUCGCCACGCGCACGUCUGCCAGUUUGUGCUCUGCCGUGGGUUGUCACGAACUCAUUUCUGCGAACCUAGGUGACUAUGAGGACCUCGCCAUUUCACUGGCCAUCGAUUCGGACAAGUACUGGAUUUUUCGGCAGAAGUUAGAGCAUGCUAGAAGAGGGCCGACGCAGGCACCCUUAUUUGACUUCAGGCUGGCCCUACAUCAACUCGAGGCCGGCUAUGAGGCAAUCUGGGCGAGGGUCGUUGAACACCAGCGGCCAACUGACAUCAUUGUAGGAUGA